AUGCCUGCCAUCGCUGCAGCCUGGCACAUUUCCGGCCUAGUCCUUGUAGGGCGCGCCGAAGAGUCUGGACCACAGGACCUUGACCAUGCCAACGCGGAGGGGCGCAUGGCACGGGAAGGGGCCCAGAAGAUUGGUAACAGCACGAAAGGGGGACGGACGAUGGACAGCGUGACAACCUUUCUGUACCCGUAUGGAUCUAAGAAUCGCCAACAAGCACACGACCACUCAACCACGAAAGCGAUGCAGGACAAUGUCGCCAUUGACUGGCUAAGGUGGACGGGAAUAUCCAUUCAGCCCUCAGGAACGCAGCAUGAGGGUCGAUUCCAGUGGGACAGCCAAUCAGCCAGGGGACGAGCAACGAACAAGCUUUGUGCCGAUGCGGGCCUCCCUGCAGAGAAAUUCGGGGCCAUCUAG